AUGAAGGUUGCGAACCGGAUAUUCACAGAGCGGGCACUGCCACAGGUCGAAGUCGUCGCUAACCUGCUGGGCUACCCGACGGAGUUUGCAAGCAACGACGUCUGGACGUUCCUGAAUGUUUCCUCCCUCUACUGGCAUGUCUUCCGACGAUUGCGUCACCUGCGAUGCGAGAGCGGUAUGGAGGCUGUAGACGAGCCGCCCGAGGAGAUGGUACUCCUCGAAGAGGGCGGAGAAAGGGUCUCUCUAGUACAGGCAUAUCCGCACCGCGGCAAGCUCCUUGAGGAUCUGUCGCUGUAUAACUACAUGUCGAUAGUCAGGCUGAAGCGCAAGGGCAAGGGCGCAGGAACUCGGGGGGAGCCUGAUGCUGCAAUUGUAUAA